UUCCAGUAGUGAAGGCCAAAGGUCAAUCGAGGGUAGAAGGCAUACCCGAACUCAAGCCCCGCGCAACUUUACGCAGCGAUUUUCUACGGUCUUGCGACUUUCUCAGUCAUCGAUCUACCUUCGCCAUCUGCCACUGUAACUCGACAUAAUCCGCCCUAUUCCCCCAAUACCUUACGACCUUCACACUUUUAUGUCCAAGAUGCCCGCCCCCACCGGCCCGCGCAGAGGGGGCGGCAUUCGCAAACACCAGAGGCGCGACCGCGAUGGCGAUCUAGUGAUGGGCGCGACCCCUGCUCCAAGAACAACACCUAAGCAAUCGCAUAGUGCCAAUCUCACUGAAUUGCGAGUGACGGGCUGGACGGACAAGGCGGAGGUCCAGCGGGUCAUUCAAUUCCUGGAGCGACAUGCCGCGAAGCGAAGCUCAAAUGCUUCAAAGAAUGGCCCUUCGAAUAUCAUUAAGCGUACCCGUGUUUUUGGAGAUGUCCUUCACAUAUUUGUUCGAUCGGACGACGUCGCCGCUUUUGGGAAAAUCAAUGGCUUCUCUUUCGCAUCCACACAUGGAAGCCAAAAGCUCUCUAUCUCCGGAAGCGGUAUCACAUCUCGCGAUGGUGCAUCGACUGAGCAAGCGACCUCGAGCGACGGAAACAAAGUUGAGCACAUGAAACAGACGAUUGAAGUAUUGAGAGGCUUUCUUUCGAGGCGGUACGACGCCGACGCGAAACUACUAAACCUGUCAACUAUCACCAGCGACGAGGAGGUUCGUAAGCUGGGCAUGUUCGAGACCAAAUCUACACAAACGAAGUUCAUCCCAGUCCUAAUGAAGCUUUGCGAUGAGCAACUACCCACGGCCGAAGCAAAGCGCGAUGCCAUCCACAGCAUUACGGUCAGCAACAACGAUCUUACCAAUCUUACAUUGGUUUCCGACCUAUCUCGAGUUCUGCCUGACACCAAAAAUCUCGAUUUGUCAGGAAACAAAAUCGAAAACACAAAGGAUCUCUGGCUGUGGAAAAACAAAUUCCGUCGCCUUGAACACCUUGUUCUGACAAACAAUCCCCUGGAAACAUCACAGCCCAAUUGGGAACAGGAAGUCAUUGCAUGGUAUCCACGGCUUCGCCUCCUGAACGGCCGUGAAGUCCGCACGGAAGCUCAGAUUGCGCUUUUAGACGCACCCAAACAAACCCCUCGCCCAUCGAACGUAAACAUUUGGCUCGACGAGGGAAAAGUUGGCGAGAAUUUCUUGCUCGAAUUCUUCCCUGGCUUCGACACCGAUCGUAAUGCCGCCUUACAAAAGUUCUAUGACAACAAUUCUACAUUCAGUCUAAGUGUCAACGCAAGGGCUAGAGGUGGAGCAGGAAACCAGCACGAGAAGACGCCUUGGGACUCAUACCUACCGCAAAGCAGGAAUCUUAAAUUCAUAUCCGGAAAACGAACACGGUUUCAACGCAGGAGUCGGGGAUUAGAUCAGAUCCAGAAGGCCUGGACGGCCAUGCCUCCCACAAGACAUCCACCCCUCGGCCCUCCAAAUUACAGCAUGGACUGUCAGCCACAACCUGGUGUGCCCGAUCCCUCCGGCCAAUAUCCAAGAGGCGUCACCGGCCUAAUGAUCACGAUCCACGGAGAGUACGAGGAGCACCGGACUGCCAAAGGUGCAGACGAAGUCGUCCGAAGAGCUUUUGAUCGUACGUUUGUGCUUGGACCCGGAGGCCCUGCAGGCGUACGAGUCGUUAGCGAUAUGCUUUCCCUCAGAGCUGCAGGCGGAACCCCAGCCUGGGUACUCAAACCCAAGGAAGAAGCGAUGGUUGCCCAGGUUCGCCAGGCUACGAAAUUGAAGGCGGAGAUGGCUGUGGAGUGCCUCAAGGCAGGGAACUGGGAUAUGGAUGCAGCGGCACAGAUAUUCAAUGCCCAGAAGGACCAAUUACCGCCAGAGGCAUUUGACCCUUAGGCGGGUUCGUCAAGGAAGCGGGAAGCUUUCUACGAGAUUUACAUGACCAAAAGGACUGCACAAAAAGGAAUUGUAGCAAUUACAUUUCAAACACGGGAAUGCCGAGCAAGGCUCGUCCGGAACAGCCUGGAUAAUUUCAGGAACUGGGUAGCAUUAGAAGUUGAUAUUACAGAUACCCAAAUACAUAAAU